AUGCAUUUCAUAUACUUAUGUUUAAUAUUUCUGCUUGAGUUGAUUGUUAAAUUUACAAAUGGUACUGAAGAAAAUCGUUCUAAUAAUCAAGUAUCACCAUGGAGUUGUUCCUUAGCAAGUCAACGUCGAUUAGAAUGUCGAAAUUUAUUUAAUUUUUAUUUUUCAUCACAUACUUUAUGUCGAAAUGAUAAUCGUUUAUUAGUUCAUCAACAUAUUGAUGAACUGUAUAUUUAUAAUGAUUAUAAUUGUUUUGAUCAUUUUUAUCAAUGUUAUUUUGAAUUCGAUUCAACAUGGUCAAUGUGUUUAAAUUCAUUAAGAAAAUUAGUUAUAGAAAAUUUAAGUUUUAUUGUACGAAAUGAUAAUUCAAAAAAAAUAAUACCUAUUGAUUAUCUUAAAAUAGUUAAUACACAUGGUAGUAUUACAGAACUUUUAAGUUUUUUUCAAUUUUCAAAUCGUUCAAGUAUUUAUAUACAAAAUCCUUAUCCAAGAUGGUCAGGAAUGGAUUUAUAUGCCAUUUAUUCACAAUACGGAUCUAUUAGAUUUAAACAAUUAUGGAUUAAUGUUCUCGAUUGGUAUCCAAUUGUUUAUUUCAAUUAUGAUCAACAAACAGCUAUUCAACAAUGGUUACGUCAGAUUCCAUGUGAUUGUAGAUCAUAUCACUAUGAUAUGAUAUUUUUACGUGAUUUAUUUGAUUCUCGUAAAGAAAAUUCAAAUGAAUUAUAUUGUUAUGUAAGUCAUAAUGCACAACAUUCUCAUUGGACACAAAUUCCUGCAUUAUAUUAUAAUUAUAAAAAAAAACGACCACCAUCUAGAUUAUUACCAUUAACAGAAUUACAGGAAAAUUGUUUUGAUCAAUUUACAAAAAAACGAUAUACAAUUAAUUCUGAUAAUGAUCUUCAAGAAUUUUAUUCAUAUUUUCAUAUAUAUGAAUCAUAUUCAAUACCAUUAUGGACAAUAUAUCCAUAUGCAACAUUACCAAACUUACCAUUAAGUUCGACAAAAGCAACAACAACAACAUUGAUCAAUAAUCGAUCAUCAUAUCCAUCUAGAAUAGAUUAUAUAAAUAUAUAUGACUAUGCAUUAUUAUUUAAUGAAUCACGUUGGUUGUCAUCAAUAGAAGCUUAUCCUGAUGGUAGAUUUAUAAUAAUUGAUAAUCGUAAUCAACAAUUACUGUUACUUAAUGAAAAUGGUACAUAUAUUAUUGAUUUAACAUCAAUAUUUUUUCGUCAAAUACAAUUAACAAUUCAUGAUAGAUUUUUACCUUCAACUAUUCAUAAUGCUUAUUCAUUUUCACAAAUACAUAUUGAUCAAGAUGGUUAUAGUUAUUUAAUUUCUACACUUGCUUAUUUUAUUUAUAUAUUUUCUCCUGAUAAUCGUCUUGUACGUUGUCUUACACCGCAAUUAUUAAGUAUAUCUAUAAUACGUAGUGAUUGUUUGGCUAUAACUUAUACAGGACUAAUUUAUGUAUGUGAUGAUACAUAUCGAGUCAUAAGAAUUUAUACGCGUAUGGGUGUUCCACAAAGAACAAUACGUUUAGAUUAUUUACCACUUAAAUUAUUUAUUAGAAAUAAUCGUUUAUUUACUUAUUCAUUGGAAAAUACAGCUAAUAUUCAAAUGUAUACACUACUUGGUGUGCCGAUUCGUACAUUAUCAAUGUGUUCUUAUAGUUUACCAUCGGAAGUCAUCUGGUUUCGAGGCAAAUAUUUUCUAACAUGUGGUACAUAUCUAUUUGUUCUAGAUGAGCAUGGUGAAGAAAUUGCUGAACAUAGUCUUCAUACAUUACCCAAUUAUUCUAAUACAUCAUUAAUAAUACAUGAUUUUGCACUAAAUAAAAAUGGUCUUUUUCUUGUUACAUUUCGUCGUAAUGGGACACUAUUCAAUCGUUACUGGAUCAUUCGACCAACGACUGUCUAG